AUGCAUGAGGGUGAUGCGCUACUGGCUGGUCAUUCCUCAUCUCCAGCACAGAAUGGAUCAAAGAUACCUGGACCUACGGGUUCUCCACCCACGACCGUUCAGCCUCAAACUACAACCGCAGAGAGUUUGGCUCAUAGCAUCAGAAGCAAGUUUCUGAAUAAGCUUCAUAAAGUCCCAUUACCAUCCUGGGCUCUGGUGGCCCUCGGCUUCCUCAUAGUCCUCAUCACGCUCAGCUGCUGCCUGUGUUUCUGCAAGAAGAUGAUAUUUAAGAAGAAAAAGGAAAAGGGUGGAAAAGAGAAAAAUGAAAAGAACACCAUUAACCUGUCAAACGUGAAAGAGGACAGAACAAAACAGGCUGUUCAUCACCGCACUGAUUCUGAUCCCAAGGAAGAGGAUCCUGAGUCUAAAGAGGCUGCAAAACUUGGAAAACUUCACUAUACCCUUGAUUACAACUUCACUGACAGCGCGUUAAUUGUAGGUGUGAUUGAGGCAGAAGGUCUUGCUGCUAUGGAUAUGAGCGGCACUUCGGAUCCAUAUGUGAAAGUCUACCUCCUCCCUGACAAGAAGAAAAAGUUUGAGACAAAAGUUCACCGCAAAACACUAGAUCCAACUUUUAAUGAGCACUUCACCUUUAAG